UUGAGGGCGACUUACCGCGGGUCCGCCAUCUUUGCGGCUCUUCGCAGAAGGGCACAGGGAGAGAGGCUGGAACAACGCUGCCCGAUUGACAAGUAACUCGCCACUCGCGUCCUUCAAACAUGCUGUCCAGGCUGGUCAUUGUCUCAGCCGGUGCCCUGAAAGGCAGUGGCCACCUCGGAGCUGGCCUGGUCCAGGCGUCUCGCUGCCUGCACACGACAUCCCAGAGUCUGGCCCCACUGCCUCCCCUUCCAGAGAAGCCCGGCAAGGUCCGCCAUGGCAUCUUCCCCGAGGAGCUUUUCCAGUUCCUGUACCCCAAAACUGGAGUCACAGGACCCUACAUGCUGGGUACUGGCCUCAUCCUAUACAUGCUUUCCAAGGAGCUCUAUGUCAUCAACCAUGAGACCAUCUCAGCCAUCUCCAUAGGUGCCGUCUUCAUCUACGCCGUCAAGAAAUAUGGCCAAAGCUUUGCUACUUUUGUUGACAAAAUCAAUGAGGAAAAAGUGGCCAAGGUUCAGGAGGUGAAGGACCUGGCUAUGUCCAACCUGACUCAGGCCAUUGAGGAUGAGCAGAAGGAACAGUGGAGAGCAGAGGGAAGGUCAGCUCUCUUUGAUGCCAAGAGGAACAAUGUGGCCAUGCUUCUGGAGACCAACUACAGAGAGAGGCUACACAUGGUGACCAAUGAGGUGAAGAGGCGUUUGGACUACCAGAUCGCCCUGCAGAGCCUCCACCUCCGCAUGGAGCAGGAGCACAUGGUCAACUGGGUGGAGAAGAGUGUCAUCGGCAGCAUCACUCCCCAGCAGGAGAAGGAGAGCAUCGCUAAAUGCAUCACAGACCUGAAUGCUCUGGCUAAGGCGAGUCAGUCCAAAGCUAUGGCCUAAACUAUCCAGUCUUCAGAGAAGGCUUCUCUAAUCCCCAACUCAUCGUCCCAAGACGAGACGCUCACUUUUCUUUGCAGAAUUAUCUAUUUCUCGUAAGAUUGUCUCUGUCAAUAGAAUGGGUGUGUACAGUAUUUACACGUCAGCUGAUGGUAAAAUAAAUGGAUCUCUUAUUCAACUACAA